AAGGACCUGUACUUGUAUCAGGCUGUGAGAAAUCCAAGCCAAUAUCAUCAAUGAUGACCAUAUUUUCAAUAACAUCCAACAAGUCUCUCUGUCAACAUUAGGUCGAAACAUCAAGAAAAAUCAAAUAUACAUGAAACAACUGUAUCGGGAACAAUUUGACAGAAAUUCAGAGAGAGGGAAACAUCUGUGCAAUGAGUAUGUGGAGAGAGUCUUGCAAAUGGAUGCUGCUGAAAUUCAACAUGAAUUUAUAUAUGUGGAUGAGGCUGGAUUUAACCUUGCAAAAACAAGAAGAAGAGGGAGAAAUGUAAUUGGGCACAGGGCAAUCACCAAUGUGCCAGGGCAGCGAGGGGGUAACAUCACCCUUGGCGCUGCUAUCACACAAAAUGGGGUCCUCCACCACCAUGCAAAUCUGGGACCCUAUAAUCCAAAUCUAAUACUUGCAUUUCUUGACAGAUUGCACGAGAUUGUCACAGCAUUAAACCAAGUGGACCAGAUGCGGUACAUUGUCGUUUGGGACAAUGUCUCAUUCCAUCGGGCUGCUCUGGUCCAGAAUUGGUUCCAUGAGCACCCUGAAUUUGAAGUAUUAUACCUUCCCCCAUACUCCCCCCUUCCUGAAUCCAAUAGAUUUUUUUCAGCAUGGCGGUGGAAGGUAUACAACCUGCGGCCAUAUGACGGUUUGCCCCUCAUUCAGGCCAUGGAGCAGGCCUGUGAUCAUAUCGAAGCAGCUUCUGUGCAGGGGUAGAUUUGUCACAGGCGAUUCUUCCAAUGGUGGCUUGCCAAUGAAGACAUAGCCUGUGAUGUGGAUGAAAUCUUAUGGCCUGAUCCAGCCAGAC